GCUUCGUUGAGCGGAGACAGGAUGAGCAGCGUGGCGGUCGAGAUCGGACGGGCCGAGCGACUCGUCUUCGAUGCGCGAUGCGAGCGCAGGGCCUUCGAUCUGCACUGUUUGGCAUUGGAAGCUCGUCUUCGCGCAGUACGAGCAAGGCAGGCCGAUACCGUCCGAACGAACGCCGUCUUUCUCGCUGCAAAGCUUGACGAGAAGGCUGAGCACGACGCCCGUGUACAGAAAGAGCUUCAAGAGAGAGAAGAAGCUACCGAGCGUCACCGUCAGCUCGAAGCCCACUGCAGACCAGGAAGCGAAGCGCGCCGCCGACCAGGAAGCAAAGCGCGCCGCCGACCAGGAAGCGAAGCGUGCGGCCGACCAGGAAGCGAAGCGCGCCGCCGACCAAGAAGCAAAGCGACUGCGUGCGGCCCAGCGAUCUGAAGCAGCCAAGCUUGCUGAAAAAAGUUCAAAACUGGCAACACAAUCCAAGCCGGUUGCGCGCCAGCAGCCCGCGGGCCCGAUACCAGUCGACGACGAGCCUGAGGUGGACUUUGGCGGCGGCGCCGACUGGGAUGACAACAAUGACCCGUAUCAUCAAGGCAGCCCGCCACCCAGUCCUGCUCACAAGCCUCUCGCCGCGACAAAGUCGACAAAGGCUCGGAAAAAAGCAACCAAAACGCCCAAGGCGCCGUUGGCUGACGGCAUUGCGCCGACGAACGAUGGACCAAAGAAAGCGAAGAAGCCCAAGGCGCUGCAAGAACCCUUGUCUCUGAAUGCGCCCAAACGCUAUGUGCCUGCGAAGAAGGCUAGCAAGGGGAAGAAGCCCCCGACAGUGCUUGACGAGAGCGUAGAUGACACUGGCGUUGUCUCUCCGCUCAAUACAGUGCCCACGAAGCAGCGCAAGUCGAAGGAGUCUGCACCUGCGGCAGAAGUCCCCUCGCCCGUGGAUAAGCCCAGCAGCUUCUUUGACCGCCUGGCAAAGAAAAUGGCAGAGAAGGUCGGACCGCUCUCGCCAGCCCCGUCUGCAGCGCACCCUACCGAACUCAAGGCGAAGAAACGUAAAGCGGUUAAUACCGACGCAAUCUCGGGAGGCGACAAUGCCGAGGCAAGCAAGAAGCCCAAGAAGACGAAGACCGAUGCGGCCAAGAAAACCCAAAAGAAGGCCAAGGGCACCGAAGAUAAGCAGCCAUCAAAGAAGCGCAAGGCAGCCGAUGCAGUUGCAGGCGACGCGGACGAUGUGACUCCAUCGCCCGUCCGCCACCUCAAGCCCAAGAUUGCGACCAAGUACGAGGUGCCAUCGCGCGGCGUCGAUGCUACGUCCACCAAGACGUCACUGUUCGCCUCGUUCAUGAACCGCACCAAGACCGAUGCCGCACCCGUGCGCCUUCCGAUGCCUCUGGAUGAAGAUGUGGCAGCAACGGUGACCGCUACGAACGCAGCCAAGAAGCCUGUGUGGCAAAAGCUCGCCAAGGUUCCCGUGGAGAAGAAGGCAAAGAAGCCGAAGCCUCCGAAGGCCCAGAAGGCGCCAGCCAAAGCACCGCCCAAACCCGUCGCCGUCGACGCCCCGCCCAAGCCGUCGCUCUUUGCUUCGUUUAUCAACAAGGCGAGUGCCGCCAUUCCGCAGCUGAAAAGGCCGACUACAAACUGAAG